AUGAAGCCGUACUAUUUCUUCAAGUAUUUUACGUUUGUGGUGCAGGAAGAGGCGAACUCAGAGGACGGACUGAUUGACUUACAGUCGCUGCUCAAAGUUUUACAGGAGGAAAUCGGAUGCGAUCCUAAAGAAUACAUCCAGAUGAUCUUCAAAUUAGAUAUGGCAGAUAUUGUGGCUAAUCAUCUGGAAAGAGAGGCGUUCGAAAAAGUUCAGAGUUUAUCCGGAGAGCAAGAGAAAGGUUCUUUGAGUCUGAGGAGGCUGGAACGAUCACUUUCCAGAAAUCAAGUAGAACUACUGUGCGAAAACGGGGUGAAAAUUUUGAUUUCGCCGCCGCCUGGUGGCUUGAAAAGGAGGAUUUGCUACAGAUGCUGUGAAUUUUCGACGUCGCCGAAGAUACUCCUCGAGUGCAAACUCUGCUGGAGGAAGUAUCAUCUCAAGUGCGACUCCGGCUGCGUUUGUUACAGAAGUAGAAAGAGAGAGGAGCAGCGAGCCAAGGCGGAUGUUCCCAAGUCCUUGAUGAAAAUCUUAGGUCUUGAGAACUCACUGACAAUGGCAGACACAGACUUCCUGAAGAAGCUAUUUAUGUUUAUUUCGAAGAACAAGCUAAAAAUCAAGCCACUGCCAAGUCCUGCGAAAACUGCCGAAUCAGAAAGAAUAGCGAAUGAGAAAGCAUGCCAAGCUGCGAGUACACUUAAAGACGAAACGCCGGAGAUUUUGCCAAACGGGCUUCCGAGAAACGCGCCGAAGCCAGAGCUGAUCCAGGCGGUCUUCAAUUCGAAAAUGGUGCAAGCAAAGCUCAAACUGGAAAAGCACAAUACACCGCGCUGCGCAAAAUGCUUCAAACGCGCCAACUGCCAGGUCAACUGCUGCGAGUUCCACCUCUACUGCGAUUCUUGCCGAUACGAGGAUCAGAGAGUUCUCACUGUUUCUUGCGACGACCGGGAUUUAGUUUCCAAGAAAGACGUCAACGACUGUCGAACGAAAAUGAUGAUGGCGUCGACGAAAUUGUGGGUACAUGAGAAGGAGGGACGCACAAUGAGCAAGUCCCCGUACGUCGACAUUAAGGAGAUUUACGAUGACGCAGUUAGAAAUUCAUCGAAUCUGAAUCGCGAUUGCUUGCCUUGCCGAAAGCCGGUCACAACAGGAGUCAAGAUCAAUAUUCCAAGAGAGAGCGGCUACGACUCCGAUUUCCUAGAGAAAUAG